CGACCGUCGAACGGGUCUGCUCACCAUAAAAGGUAUAUCGCUGUGGUAUGCAUGUUGCAUAUUUUCCAGAAGUAUUAAUUUAGAGGAAUGGCGUCAGCUAAGAGAAAUGCAGUCAGAGUUGGCAUUUUAACAGUAAGCGAUACAUGCUCAAGAAAGGAAGCUGUUGAUAAAAGUGGUCCAAAUUUAAAGAAGUUAGCUGAAGAUACUAGUGGACUUGAUGGUGUAGUUGUAGCUACAGGAAUAGUUCCAGAUGAAAUUUCAAGUAUCAAGGAGACUCUACUAGAAUGGAGUGAUGUGAAGGAGCUAGAUCUUAUCCUCACUACAGGCGGAACUGGCUUUGCUGAUAGAGAUGUCACACCAGAGGCCACUAAAUCUGUGUUGGAGAAAGAAGCACCUGGCCUAGCUAUGGUCAUGCUUAUGGGAUCUCUGAAGAUAACACCGCUAGCUGUCUUAUCAAGGUCUGUUUGUGGAAUCAGGAAGAAGACACUGAUUGUCAAUCUACCAGGCAGUCUUAAAGGUUCACAGGAGUGUUUUGGCUUUGUCCAGCCUUCUCUUAGCCAUGCUAUCCAGCUGUUGAAAGGAGAACGAGCUUGUGUCAAAGCUACUCACAAAGAACUUGCCGAUACAGGACCACAGACGAUCAACAUGGUUUCAGAUGCUCAAAGACUGAAAAAGAGGAAGAAGAAAAAGAAGAAACGCAAACGGACAAGAUCCAGCAGCCCUGUACCCAGUGAUGGGAGUGAGGCUGUGGUGUCAGCAUCCACUUGGCACGAUGAGAACUAUGAGGAUCGUCAUCAUGCAUCGCUGGAUAGAGGUACAUCUCGAGCAGAUGCCCAACAGAGUGAUGCAAGCCUGAGGGUGGAAUCGAGUCCUGUCAGAGAUCGGCUGGGUUUAGAAGGACAAGAGAUGGAUAAAGAGGUGGAAGAAGCGAUUGAAGAGAGUAAAGGGGAUGGGAACGAAGUAGAGGUGGAGGAUAGUGACAUGGAAGCUGUGUCCCCGUCGAGCAUGACAAAUCCUGUGAACAUGGAUGAUAUCAUGAGCAGGCUGAAGCACAUUGAUGACAAUGAAGAAGAGGUCGAUGAUGACAUUGAUGAUGAUGAUAAUGUUGAGGAUGUUGAAAGCCCUGCUGAUAAUGAGAGUAACUCUGAAAGUGAGGAGAAUAUCAACAGUGUGCAAGGGAAACCCCGGUCACUGCAAGCAAAACCCAGAGUGAUGAUCAUCAGAGGAACGUCUGGGUCACCUAUCAAGAGGACAAUCGAAAGCGAUGAUGACAGCAAUGGGGGUAACGAAAAAGGGGAAUGGACCUUGAUGGAGGAUACAGACGAUUGUAGUGAUGAGGAGAACAAAAGAAAUGAAAAGGACAGGUCUUUUCCAAGAACUAGUCACUUGUCUCCCAUCACCACAAUUGAUAUGAGUGCCAUUAGAGGAGAAGUUGUGCGUAAACCAUUGUAUGGUCCUAAGACACGCUCACCUGAUCUUGGAGUCUUUCAGUUCGACCCUGAGGAUACCGUUGAAUCACCAAAGAAACAUCCUAGGGUGAUCUCUUUCCCACGCCCCUUUGGCAAAGCCCCAAAGCAGAAAAAGGCAGUUAAGAAGGUUACGACCAAGAGGAUAAAGCCUGAAGCAGUGGUUCACAAAAUCCAAGCAGGAAAGCCCUUGAAUACUUUCUUAAGGACGUUCGCGUUGUUGAAAGACGUCACCCUUUCGCGUGGUAAGCGGAACGUGAAGCGCCACCUUGUGACGAGGAAAAGAGGGGACCAGGAGGUGGAUACCGGGAUUUGGAAGCGAGGAGAGCAGGUUCAGGAGAGGAACCGGGUGGAUGAUUUGUUUGCCCCCACUGAUGAUGGGAGGAAGCUGCAAGAACUCAUUAAGAAGAAUAAGAGGAGGGACGAGUAUGUGGUUGCAUGGUACCUCUGGUGUCCUGGACAUGGGAAGUGCCUGAGGAAAUGUGGCGGAUAUGGUGAAUGCAUCGAAGGUUGUUCCGGAGUGUCCCACAAGCAAGACCGCCACAACUGCUCCGUCCUGGUCAAUCUCAAACUCUUCCUAGGUGACCUUGACUCCUGGGUUGUGACCAUCACUGGACAGCACGUUGACCCCAAGGACUCGGUCGUAUGGACCCCACCGCCUAAGGACAAGCUGCGCCACGGUGUGGAUGUCACGGAUCUGAUCGUGUCUCACUGCCAGAAGGGGGACACCUUGGAAGAGAUCCAUCGCAAACUGAUGGAGGAUCCAGAACUUAAAGGGAUAGCUCCCACCAAGAGGAGAUUGACUCAUUUGUUGUAUAAUAGCAGGCAUCUGAAGACGAAGCGAAGAAGCCAAGUUCAGCAGGACGAGGAGAUGGAUGAUGUGUCUGAAUCAUGACAUGAGCCUUCUCAUAAACCCCCUGUCUCCUAUUUUAAUGACUUUUGUUGCUCCAAUAUUGUUGAUCAACUCGUGUACUCUCAAGCAUAAUGGGCUCAUUCUGUAUAAAAGUAUGCUACGAUUGGAAAUAUCAUGGGUCACAUUGUUACUGCUUUUUAGGAAAGAGAUUCCCCUAUGCAGAUGGGGUCCGAUCAUGACAUGAGCCUCCUUGAAAGCUCAUGGUCUCAUGUUAAUGACUCUUAUGCGCUAGGACAAAAUUCAACGUGUGAUGUAUCUGUACACAUGCAUUUCGAUAUCAUGGCCUAACCUUAUUUUCCAAACACAAUUCCUCAGUUUCAUGUUAAAGUGGUCUGAGUUUGGAGACUAGAAGAGAAGAAUUGGAAUUCUGAAUUGCAGCCUCUCCAACCCAUAGAGGACAAAUAAAUUUAGUGCUUGUAUUUGACUUCACUCAAGACUUGCUUGAGAAUUACAUGUAAAUUGUCCUAUGCAGGGGCAGCGGAAGUGGGGGGGGGAGCUGAGCCAAACGUAAGAGGGGGGGACUGAUCAUGCAAAAUAUCACAAUCGUAUCGUCAUUUUUAUGUUUUUGUACGUGGUUUUGGAAAAAAGUUGGGGCUGAAUCCCCCCCCCCCUGCUUCCGCGGCCCCUGCUAUGGGGUCUAUGGCUGCAGACUUCUUUGACCUUGCCUCACUCUACAUCACUCUCAUGUAACAAUAAACUGGCCUCAUGUAUUGCUCCAAUGCUGUUGAUGUACUCAUUUGAAUUUGAGCAUAAUUUCUAUGACAAUGUACCACAAUUUGAUACAUGGUAUAUCACACAUUACCAUCUUUUACAAAAGAGAUAUCUGCAGGGCCCCGUCUUACAAAGAGUUGUGAUUAAUCCGAUCAAUCACAACUAUGGACGGCCAGCAAUGUCAACAUCUAU